UUUAUGUCUAGCAGCGUCUGGACCCGCCAUAACGGAAACAACAAUCUUCGUUGGGCAGCAGAACCAGGGAAGUAUAAUCCAACUAACCCCACCCCAAAGCAGCACCACAAAAAACAACUCCUGCAGUCAGAAACAUCCGCAAAAGGUAAUUUCCUAUAACUUGCACACCAUCACAAACAUUAUGCACUGAGAAAUAUGUUCUUUUUGGAUCGUCGGUAGCAGAGAGCUGAGGUGAAGCACGUACUGUAUCUGUUCCUGUAAUUGGUCCAAGGGUCACUGUGACUCCAGGAUGCGCAGUUAGCCAUCGCUUGUAAUUGGUUGUCUGAGUUUCUCAGAAACACGCCAAUGCAUUACUCAGACACCAAAUUAACUGUAAAAAUCUACUUCUACGUCUGGAGAGGAAUUUUCUAUCAUUGGUUCCACAUGAGUUCUUAGCUUGUCAUCCAAAACAUUCUUGUUAUUAUUACUUCUGGGAAUACAAACACACGUCAGCCACAACUUGACCGUUGGUUGCAUCGGUGACACUUUAUUUCCAAGACCAACCUUAAAGCAACAUCGACUCAAGGUUGCCAUGACGACGACAGCUACCGAAAUCAUUUUGUGAUUGAAGUCUUUUUUCAUAUUCUCGCAAAUUAGUUUUCUUCCCGCUUAACAUCUUCCGUCUGACAUGUGACAUCCUUGCAAAGCAGUUUGUUAGUGCCUGCUAAGGCGCUGCAAUGAUGUCAGCCUCCCUAUGGACUCCUCUGGUGGACACGGGAAGAAUUGCAAGCACCUCGGUAGCCAUCCAUUAAUUUUCUAUGCCGCUUGUACUCCAUUGAAAUGCUUUUCUCGGACGCAAAGCAUUAAAAUAGUUGAUUUUAUUUUAAACUUAUGUUGGUAAUUUCCUAGCUAUCUGUUCAGUGUUAAGUUGCUGUGUGAUGACUUUAGCAUUCUUUGUAUGAUGACACCGUGAGAUAGUUACAUUGAGUAAUGAUCUCCUGCCCUUUGUUUUUUUAUUCGGGUACUAAAAUCUGCUUCUGCUAUUUUUUUCUUGGCCACAAAUUCACAAUGAUUGUGUGUGUACUGCUGAUGAAGCUCCUGUCCAGCCCUCCUUCCUGUUGCCAUCCCAACUUGAUGACACGAUCAGAGCCAUUUAUUUUUUUUCUCCACUCCAUCUCGCUCUCUCUCUCUCUCACCAUCCCAUUCCCUUUUAUCAGUUAUCUUUGGAACAACUUUGCCCUCCGCCUGUAGCUCCCAAAGUGUGCCGCAUCAAAUUCCCCUCACAAAUAGUUCCCACAAGUUGCACCUCCGCUGCAAAGCUGCAUUGAAGCGGCCCGCAGGUGAGUGUUGUCGCUGGUGCAGGAUUUGGAGGGUGUGUGUGAGUGCGUGGUUGUGUGUUUAGGAAGUGAGUGGGGUGGGCGGGGAUGUUGAGCUGUGGAUACAAUCUUUGCAAAGAACGUCUGAAGCAGCAGCUGAAUCAGCUCCGUCCCAGGUGAGUUCAGCUUUUGGGUCAUUAGUGCUAAUAUUAAACAUGAGUAUGUUUAUUAUUAGGGUGGGACUGUAUAGUUUGUUUCCUUUCAACAUAUUUGAGCAUGACGGUUCUUUAAAAGGAUGCUGCAGGCAGGUCCAUUACAUUAAGUCAGCUCCACAACUGUUCAAGAUGCCUUCACUGUCAGAGAUUGGAUGGGUUAUUUUUUAUCUGCUUCUCCUCUGGAAAAAACAGGCAGCUCGCAGUAAAGAGACACAAUGCCCCGUGGCUCCAGUGGGGGCGCUCCACCCGGUUGAGGCUCUACUGGAGAGGUUUGAAGCUGGUCCAGGCUGCGCUGCCAGGGAGAGCGGAGACAAGGAGACUCAUGUCAUUGCAGUGGGGAGAGGAACAAGCGGACCUGACAACACGGUCACAGUACUGCUGAAGCCCUUGUCUGUGAUCCAAACUGAUCUGAGAACAGUUCACUUGCUACUAAGCUCCAAGCAGCCAAUCAGCUGGCAGCUAGAAGUUGAGAGACUCCCCCCUGACCUUCAUGUGCUAGUGGAGGUGUCCUCCAACUCCAGCGUACAGUCCCACACGCUACGUUUGCACGUCCGGUCGUUGCGUUGGCUCCCUUUCCGCCCACGUGCGCUUUACCGCUGGGCUCUUAAACACCACGGCAACCUGUCGUCCCUGACACACGUCACCCACGGAAAUCGAGUCUAUGUCCGACUAGGAGAGGAUCUGACUCAGCCUCCUGUAUGCCAGCUUCAGUCCAUGUUUCUCUCCAAAAACUACAUGACCUCUGACCUGCAGCUACAGGAAGUACAAGGCUGCGGUCACGCAGCAGCAGGUGGAAGCAACCCGGAGGUCCACGUGAUAAAACUCCAUUCAGCAGGCUCGGGGCUCUGCGGUUCUCUGCAGGUGGAGGUGAUCGUCUCUCUUGUGCCGCCGCCAAACAACUCUUUGAGACAAAAGGUUGUGCUGAUUCUUAGCAGCUCGGUGCCAGUCAACUGGGCCGUUGUUGCUCACGGAGUCCAGGGUCAUAUCUCUAUUCACUCCUCCAACAGUGUUUCUCCUCCCUACCCUCCUGAGCCUGACCUAACCCUGACCACGACACUCAUCCCUGAUCUGUCCACCAUACCGGACCUUCUUUUGUGGGCCAAUUUGAGUGGCUACACCAAUGUGACCUCAUACACGGAGGCUGAUCAGGCUAAUCGCUUUGUGAUCCAGCUGUCUGGAACUGGUACUGGAACAGCAGUAAAACCUGUCUCCAAGAGGCCUAAAUGGGCUGAAGAGCGGCGCCUGAGAGAAUGGCUCAAUGGUGGAGCCCGAGCAGGAGGAGGCAGAGACAGUUUCACAGUGCAGUGCGAGGACGGACGCCUCAGCGUGACACUGGACCGACACACCCUGCAGAGUUUGACUGUGCCAGUUUCUGCUGUGACUCUGCGGGACCCAAAGUGCCAGGCUCAGUCCAACGGGAGUCAUUUCCUCUUGGUGUUUCCAGUCAUUUCCUGUGGGACCGAGGGUCAGCUUGUGGGACACACUAAAGGAGUGCAGUACAAAAACAUGGUACUGUUAUGGAGAGAGCAGCCUCCUUCAACGCUGGCACACAAUGAUACUGAUUGGACUUCCAAAAGUUCCCUUGGCAUACAAUUCAGUUGUUUGGCUGACCUCCCUGGCGGCGCUCAAGCGGCUCCAGAUGAUGACCUCCACACGUCUCCGUCACCGUGGGACUUCCUGCCAGAUCCAGGACCUAUGUACUUCCAAACACCCAGACUCAAACCCGGGCCUUUGCUUCUUUUGAAGCUUUUUGUCACCGAGAGCUACAAGCAGCGGCGCAUCGGACCGUGUGUCAUCGCUGCAGACCAGCGCGUCUACGUCGAGAUUUCUGCUGAGGGGCCCUUCAUUGACGCCGCUGAGGUGAGGUCAUGCAUCGUCUCUCCUCUGUCGGACCCCAAAGGUUCCCCCUUCUGGAAUGUCAUAAGCGACAGCUGCCCCACGGAGCCUUCAUUCACUUUUGUGGAUUUAAAAGAUGAGGAGGAUGCUAAAGAUGCUGAUGAAGAGGAUGAUGAGACGGAAGAUAGACAUGAAGAUGAGGAAGAUUCUAAGGAGCUCAAAGAAAAAGUUGUCUCCCGUCGCUCCAAAAGCGGAGAAAGAGAGAGAGAAGCACCGUCAAGGAAGGAAACAGGCAGCACACCGAUACAACCAUUAAGAUUUAGUUUCAUCCUCCGACCAGUUUACAAUGUUUCCAUGCAGUUUCUCCACUGCAGCCUUCGCCUUUGCGUCUCUGACACCACAUCAGGGGAACGUAUGAAGAACACAGCCAAGAAAGAAUGUCAGGAUGGCAAACGUAUCCCCGCGCUCAUUUCAAGGACAUCAGGACAUCAGUGUGACAUCAGAAACCUGUCCAGACCGAUGGUGGUGACUCAACCCAUUAGCUCACCGCCGCACAAAGCGGUAAAGCCCACCACAGGUCAGAGAAUAAAGAGACUGAGUGUCUCCCCCCUGGCCAGUCCCGACCCACCACAGCCAAGAAGUGCUUUGGUGCACACUGGACCAGUGAUGGGGAUCGCGUUUGCAGCCUUUGCUGUGGGUAUCAGUCUGAUGGGGGGGCUGUGGUGCAUCUACAGCUAUACAGGUACACGGCAGACACCAUUUGAAGGAGAAGGUUAUUUAACCGACCAGACUACAGGAGGCCACAGCAUCUGGAAUCCACCUUCACCGUCGGAUCAGCUCACCACUUCAGUGUAAAGGCAUUAAAGAGAAGCAAGGCUGUUAUUACCCAUUUGUGAACCCCCCCACCCCGGUAUUCGAGAAUGUAAUUACAAUCACUUCUGCUCAUCACGGAAUUGUGUAAAGAUAACACAUUCACAACAAUUUUCAACAUAUUUUGCAAUUAAGCAAAAAUGUGACAAACAUGGCAUACCCAUACCCAACAUACCUUGCGGCAGGCAGAACAAUUACAUGUUCUCCCACUAGAUGGCAGAAGGUCCGCAAUUAACCGGCCUGCACGGUGUCUCUUGGUGGCGCUGAAGGUCAAGCCUGCGCUGGAAGCUGUGGUGACAUCGGGGGCAGGUGAACGGUCGCUGGCUGUUGUGCUUCCGACUGUGAGUGAUGAGGUUGGAGCUUUGACUGAAUCCUCGACCGCACACCUUGCACACGUGCGGUUUCUCACCUGCACGCAAAAGACAAGAGAAAACCCGCAUUUGUGGUAUUUUCACAAUACAGUUAAACCGUGUUUCUCAUACACCCCAGCUGUUGUAUGAUUCUACUUUUGGGGGAUUCUUACAUAUUAAUUUCAUAUUAAUAUUUAUUUCUAUUGUAUUUAUUGUGGUAUUUCAGUUGUCAUACAAUAUUGCACAUAAUAAAGGAGUUUAUUUGCCUGUACCCUUCCUUC